AUUAUAACAUUGGAUAUUUAGUUUAUAAAAAAAUUAAGGUUAGAUCGUAAUAACUAGUCGUGCUUAAUGUUAGAAUAACAAAAAAGACGUUAAAAUUCCAAAAAUGGCAUUGCACCUAACCAAACAAUUUCUAAGUAUUUGCAAAAGUCAAGCGAAGGCUUUUUCAGGACUACCAAAAUUAAAACGAACCGAAGCUCCUUGCAUUAUAAGCUGCAAACGUCCAAAAUUGAACCAUUAUUUAAACAUGAUAUAUGACAAUUUUGAGGAAAUUCCUUUGGCUUCAAAGGGUUGGAACCACUCAAAAUCAAAAGGCGACAUUUUCACUGUUAACCCCUUAAGUACACCGAAUGAAGAAACGAUACCGUUUCAUUUGCUCAACAUUGACUCAAACUUGAUCGAAGCACUAAAAAAACGAAAUAUUCAAAGUGCCACAACUUACCAAGCAAACGCACUGUCUCUAUUCGCAAAGGACAAACAUUUAUUGUUUGCUGCGGAAACAGGUUCCGGCAAGACAAUUUCGUAUCUAUUACCGAUAAUCCACAAUUUGAUUAACAACAAAACGACGAAGUUAAACAGUCCUCAAGCCUUGAUUCUUGUACCUAACAGAGAAUUGGCGUAUCAGGUCGGAGACGUCGCCCAAGCACUUGCUCAAGCAGUUGAACUUAACGUGAAAAUAAUUGUAGGAGGGCGUACAAAAAAAGUAAUGAUGAAUCCGGAAUUCUCCGAAAUUGAUAUUUUAGUUGGCACUCCUGGAGCACUAGGGAAGCUCUGCACUGUAGGGGUUUACAAAUUGGAUAAUUUGCAGUAUGCAGUUUUAGACGAAGCUGAUACUUUAGUAGACGAUAGCUUCGUUGAUAGAAUCUCGUCUAUAAUCAGGAGAAUUCCUCGAGCUAAAAUAAUUCUAGUAUCAGCCACAAUGCCUAAAACUCUACCCCAAGUUUUAAAACCAAUAGAAAUCAAUCUAGAACAACUAAUAUCACCAAAAUUGCAUAAACCSUUACUAAAUAUCACACAAAAGUUUAUGAGAAUAACACGAUCAGAAAAACCAUCGCAUUUAUUACAAAUCGCUAAAAAUAACAAACGACCGAUGUUAAUUUUCACAAACAGGAAUGAAACUUGUAAUUGGUUAGCAAUGUUUUUGCGCGAGAACGGAGUCUCAUGUUCGAAUAUUAACGGUGAUAUGAAUUAUGCAAUCAGAAUAGAACAAUGGAACAAGUUUAUUAGCGGCGAAACUAGAAUUUUAUCCGCCACAGAUGUUGGUUCAAGAGGUUUAGAUACGACACAAGUUGAUCAUGUUCUAAAUUACGACUUCCCGAUCUAUUCUGCUGAUUAUUUGCAUCGUAUUGGGAGAAUCGGACGAUUGGGGAGUUCGAGAACUUGCAAAGCGACGAAUUUUAUUUCAGGACCUGAGGAAGUUCGACUAGUUCAACAAAUUGAGUUGGCCAUUCGUAAAAAUCAGCCUCUUCAAAACGUCGAUGGAAAUAUAACAAAUAUUGUACAAAAAAAGAUACAAAAAGGAAUGCGUCAAGCAAUGUAAAAACUAUUUUAUUUCAAAUAUAAGUUAUUAAAAAUUGCA